AUGCCGACCGUUACACAGUCGGCAUACCUCGUGCCUCAUCCACUCAACGAACCGACCGACGACUCGUGCCUUAUCCACCCCGCCCCGACCACUCGUGCCUCCAUGCCGCUCGAUCCACCCCCGCCGCCUUCCUCGAUCUUCUGCGCCGGCGCCGCCCCCGCCCGGGCUGCAUCGGGGCGUCCCCGCCCUGCACCGCGCGCCCUCGUCCCCGCCCUGCACCACGCGCCCCUGUCCCCGCCCUUCACCGCGCGCGCCCCCGUCCCCGCACCGCCGCCGUCCGUCCCCGCCCCGCACUGCCGCGGGCCGUCCCCGCCCGCAUCGCCGCCCGCCAUCCCCGCCCGCCCCGCCCCCCCCCCGCACCACGCGCCCCUCUCCCCGCCCCUCACCGCGCGCGCCCCCGUCCCCGCUCCACACCGCCGACGUCCAUCCCCGCCCCGCACUGCCGCCGGUCGUCCUCGCCCGGCCCACAUCACCACCGGCCGUCCCCGCCCGACCCCAUCCCCGCACCGGCCCGGUCGUCCCCGCCCCCUUCCCGGCCCUGUCAUCCCCGCCCACUUCCCGCCCCGCAGCUGCUGGUGA